AGCAGAGGGCGCUGUCUGCUCGUCCAGCGAGCGGAAAAGUCCUCAGCCUGGUGUUAGCGGUGUGUGCUCGGAGCUGUUUGUUUGUUUUUGUUUAGUUGUUUUUGUUUACGCUUUGUGUCCGGUAAACGAGAUGGCCGGCACCGCGUUAAAGAGGCUCAUGGCUGAAUACAAACAGCUGACCCUGAACCCACCUGAAGGCAUUGUCGCAGGUCCAGCCAACGAGGAGAACUUCUUCGAAUGGGAGGCACUCAUCAUGGGUCCAGAGGACACGUGUUUCGAAGGCGGAGUCUUCCCCGCCGUCCUCAGCUUCCCCUCAGAUUAUCCUCUCAGCCCUCCGAAGAUGAGGUUCACCUGCGACAUGUUUCACCCCAACAUCUACCCAGACGGCCGGGUGUGUAUCUCCAUCCUUCACGCUCCGGGCGACGACCCGAUGGGAUAUGAGAGCAGCGCAGAGCGGUGGAGUCCGGUCCAGAGUGUGGAGAAGAUCCUGCUGUCAGUGGUCAGCAUGCUGGCAGAGCCGAACGAUGAGAGCGGCGCCAACGUCGAUGCGUCUAAGAUGUGGCGCGAGGACAGAGAGCAGUUCUACAAACUGGCUCAGAAGAUCGUUCGCAAGUCGCUGGGCCUGUAAAGAUGAUGUCAUCACGCCGCCCUGCGUGUGUGUGGUGGCGCGUAGCUCGGAUACAGACUGUGGAGCAUCAACACUGUUACCAUGGAAACCUCUGACGCACACAUACACGCAGAGCUGCAGUUUGAUAUCUCAAUGAACUGAUGGAUCAGAGGCUGAUUGGAUACAGUGACAUCACCAGGAGACCCAGCAGCAGCCUGUCAUGACCUCACUUCCUGUUUGUCACCCCUCCUCCCCUGCUGUUGGCUCAGAUUGAAGUUUCUCAGUGGACUGUUUGCACUUUAUCUCCUCCUGGUGGUCACCGUGGUGGACUUCAGUUUGUUGUUUUGUUUUUUUUACAGCUGAACUGAAGGAGUUUCUCUGAGUUUCCUUUCAAAAAUAGUUGGUUGAAAACAGAAUUUUGAGCUCUUUGUUUCUCUGAUUUCUUUGUUGAGAAACUAAGAGCUUCUUUUUGUUUCUGUUUCUGGUGUCAAACUGAUUUUAAAGCAUGUUGACCUAAACUUAAUAAAGCAGCGUUUCUGUUUCAGGA